AUCUUUUGUAUUACCUGUGCAACUACAGCCUUCGAGGUGGCACUUGUUUGUCCAGCUUGUGAAACCAGCCUAACACAGCCAGAUGAUAUUGUUAUUGUGGAAUUGAACCCCACACAAGAGUAUCGGUCUUCAAUUUUAUCUGGUCUUAGACCAGAAAUCAUCAUGGAGGUCUGCACUCGGGCCAUCUCAUUUUGGACGUACCAAACAUCUCAGGAAAUCAAAUAUCGGGAAAUGACGCAAAAGUCACAGGAGGACAAAAUCAGUCUUCUUGAGAAGCAACUGCAACGGGUGACGCGCGAGUUCAACGCAGAGCUUGGUGGCAAGUAUCUUCUUAUACUUCCAUAA